UGAAAGCUUGGCGUACAGGGGAAGCUGCGACAACUGGCCAGAAGUUGAGUACGUACCUAGAGAGGUUUUGGUUUGAACAAGAUUGCCGCGACGUCCCACGCCAUUGCGGGUUUGCGACAACAAAACGAGACCACGAUAUACAAACGCCCCCGACCCAUACAAUGCAGCUGUUAUUAUUUACAUACGGGCUCUUUGCCUGGCUUGCUGCACAAGCUGCCGCAACGGCCCUCACAUAUAAGCUGCACGCGAGCGAGAAGGCGUGCUUCUAUACAGCUGGCAAGACCAAGGGCGAGAAGAUUGCCUUCUACUUUGCGGUUCAAUCUGGUGGCAGUUUCGAUGUCGACUACGAGGUUAUUGGGCCCACAGGCAAGGUCAUUCUCGAUGGCGAGGCGGAGCGCCAGGGCGACUUUGUCUUUACCGUCAACGACAUUGGAGAGUACAGGUUCUGCUUUAGCAACACCAUGAGCUCAUACGACGACAAGGUCAUUGACUUUGAGAUUGCUGUUGAGAACGAAGCCCGCGUAGGCCUCCCGUCCAAGAAGGGAACGUCACCAGAACAGACAACGACGCUCGAGGAGUCGGCCUUCAAGAUCUCAGGCCAGCUGUCGUCCAUCACCAGGCACCAAAAGUACUUCCGUACACGAGAGAACCGCAACUUUGCCACUGUUAGGAGCACGGAAAAGCGUAUUAUCAACUUCAGUCUGAUCCAGUGCGGACUGAUUGUUCUGAUGGGUGCGCUGCAGGUGUUCAUCGUUAGGUUCUUUUUCCAGGGUGCAAGGAAAGGAUAUGUAUGAUCUGUUUUCUUUUGACUGGUGGUAAAACUUUCGCUCGGGGCCGUUUGUUUAGGAGUACAGCAAACAACCGGUGCAAACGGGCAGGUCUCGAAAUACUCGAAAAUUUGUGUCGUCUUCUACAAUGUAUGUUGCAGACAACAUGCGCUGCGGUUAUGGAAAGGAAUUCUAGAAGCCUUUUGGGAGAGUGAAGCAAGCGGGUUCACUAUAGGCAUUUUGGUACUCUCAAGCUAUUCAAACAAGUCUCAUGAAGCCUUGCCUGUGGCUGCUGUGCAUAGUACAAAAUUCCCUACAAAUGUCUGGUUAUUCAUCCGAUCCGGAAGCGAGUCUUGAAAAAAAUCAGAUUUAAGUUAUGCUCUAGCUCUCAAUUGCCUAAACAACCGCUUCUUCAAGC